UAUUCAGCAAGCUAUUUAGAGUAGCGCACCUUCACUAUGGCAAGACCUAUACAAAAGCUUCACUCCGUGUACAGUACUGUACACAUAAUAAAACGGAUUCGUUUAGGAGGUGUUUAUCAUAUUCAAAAGUGGUUAUUUCAUUUGGAAAAGAGGUCCACAUCCUUUAAAGCCUUUCUUACUCUGCCGAUAACUCUGAUUCCUCCAGUCAUGGCAGCUACAGCACUAACAAGUACAGAACUCCAGAAAGUUAUUGAUGAGUCUGAGGCACUGUACGAGAAGAAAGAUUUUCCUGGCUGCUAUGAUUUAUUAGUGGCUCAUGAAAACUCCAACGACGCCAACAUUUUGUGGAGGCUAGCAAGGGCAGCAACAGAGAAAGGAAAGAUGGGGGAAGGAGACGAGAGAAAGAAAUACAUUUAUGAAGCAUGGGGUUAUAUUUCUAAAGCUUUGGAGCUGGACAACACUAAUUUUGCUUGCCAUAAGUGGUAUGGAAUCCUGUUAGACUACACAGCAGAAUAUGAAGGCACCAAACAACGCAUUUCUAAUGCAUUUAAAGUCAAGGAACAUUUUAUGAAAGCAAUAGAGCUUAACCCAAAGGAUGCAACAACAUUACACUGUCUAGGAUACUGGUGUUUCCUGUUUGCUGACAUGCCUUGGUACCAGCGUAAAGUUGCAUCAGUUAUUUUUGCUUCUCCUCCAACAUCAACAUAUGACGAGGCCUUGGAGUAUUUCAUUAAAGCUGAAGAAGCUGAGCCAGAUUUCUACAACCAAAAUAAAGUGUUGCUAGGCAAGACAUACAUGAGACUUAAAGACAAGGAAACUGCCAAGAAGUAUUUGUUGAAAGCUUUGGAACAUGAAGACAAGACCACAGAUGACACUAAGGCCAGAAAAGAAGCUACCGACUUGUUGAAGGAACUUGGUAUAAAAGUGUAAAACUUUUUAGCUACACUAUACCAUGACAGUUUUACUUUGGUUGAAGUCCUGUGACUUGCUUGGCUUUUCAAAAGGUUUUUACAGGUUGUUGAAAUACAGUAGAUGGAUGUUUCAUUACUGGACCAAAUUUUCAUACUAGAAUUAUUUUACUGAAUUCUUGUGAUUAAUAUUUUUUCUAUGAAAUUGAUUUUCACUUGUUUUGAAAGUAUUGUCAGUCUCGUCUGAUUUUCACUUGUUUUGAAAGUAUUGUCAGUCUCGUCAUAAAUGCUUGUGCUUGAAAACAUUGACAUUUCUACACCUUGCCUCAUUUGAAUGUACAUGAACAGUAAGAAAUGUCUCCUGUUUAGCUCUGUAUAUAUUUUAUAAAUAUAUGUAUAAGUGAGAGAAACCUGUCAAGACAUGAAAUAAUUUUUUUUUUACACUCCAAUAUAUAUCUACUCAGAGACUCUAUAGAGAGAGCAAAAGUAGGUCAUUUGUUUGUGGGCUCAAUCUUUAUCUUGAAAAUAACUAAAUACAAACUUAACCUACUUAAAAAGUAUAUCAAAUGGAACAUCACACUUUUUCUUCUAAAUUAUUUUUUUUGUCCAGUUUUCCCUUGUUGUGAUGUCUGCUCUUGUGAAACAUUUAUAUUUAUGUUUAACAUAUGCUGUGAACCAUGUUUAUAUAUUUUAUAUUUAUAUCUUGUUAAAAAGAAAUGUAUGUGUCUGUGCAAACCUUUUUAAGUGCAAAUAAAUCUUUUGGUUAUCCAAUUUCAAUGCUUCUAAUCAUCUCGAGCUCUACAUCAGAUGGAGAAACAUUUACAUUAAAAUUUUUUUUUUACAAAGGACAAUAA